UUGCUCUUCAAUGCAACGUUAGUGCACGAGAAGUGCCCGCCAAAUUUCGCAUUGGUUUCGAGCUACCCGCGCAAGUCGUUGAACUGUGCACCGGAGUGGUAUCGCGAGUUUGGCAUAGUGCAGGAUCCAGCCAAUAUUCCGACAUUCCAGGAUUGCGGGUUCGAAAAAUCGGUGGUCGUUUUGGUGCAGGACAAUGAUGCCUAA